AUUACAUGUGCCAAAUAUAAAUGACGACGAUUUUGGAUAAGGAAAGAUGGCGUUUCAGAAGCGGACGAUCGUUAUCGUGAUUGGUUUAGUGGUCAUUGUCGUUGCAAUUGCACUUGCAAUAGUGUUCGGAGUGCGGUACUCCAGGCAUUCUACAGGCGGCUACACACCUGCAGCAUCAAAUUGUUCAGGACUUGAUCGCCCCUUUAACGGUGACGUUACAUACAGCAAUGAAACAAACAUUGGCAGUAUAGCAGUGUUUGCGUGUGCGUUAGGGUACAAAGUGCAGGGGCCGCAACUCAGAAAAUGCUCCAUAAGCGGACAGUGGGUGCCAGGAAAUGGUACAACUUGUAAUCGUCGAGGAUGCGGGCAGCCUGAACAUUUAAAUAACGGAGAGCUUGCUUUCACAAAUGGAACUUUCUUUCGAGACAGAGUAAGCUACCUAUGUAACGUUGGAUAUACGUUACAAGGCCCAAAGAUCAAAACGUGUACAGAUAACGAGAAAUGGGAACCAGUUCAACCUAACCAAUGUGAGAUACAAGACUGUGGAAGUCCUCCAGAAAUUAGCAAUGGAAACAUGAAAUUCAGCAAUGGAACUGUUUUCGAAAGCAGUGUGACGUUUCGGUGUCAAAACGGUUACAGGCUAGAUGGGCCACAGGAGAGGAAAUGCUCCAGCCAAGGGAUAUGGCUACCGGAAAAUAAAACUGGGUGUAACGCCUACGAAAGGACUAACCUCUGCCCCAAAAUUAAUGCUACAGAGAUUGAUAAUCUCCCAUUACGGUUGAUUGGUUAUAACUUAACGUCGGAUGAAAAACCGCUGUGUGACUACUAUUUACAAAUUGGAUGGUAUUCCAUGCAAGAUUAUGUUUUAACGGACUCAACUGUGCAAUGUGGAACGGUGCACUCAUGGCGGAGAUUAGGUGAUCUUCCAGUGGAUAUAGGCACAAUUGAGGUGUUAACAAUGUGCAGAAGUACAGGGAACGGAUCAUGCGAUGCCACAAUGACAGCCCGAACGACUCGGUGCAGUGACGGAAACUACUUGUUCGAGCUGCAAGACACGAAUAGAUGUCCAGAAGCUUUUUGCUUAGAAAAACGAUCAACAACUGACUGUGACAAUCUGAAUAAUCUGAGAGACGGGAAGAUAGUUUAUACCAAUGGAACUAUGUUUGGAAGCGUCGCAUAUUUUAAAUGUAAUCUUGGCUAUGAACUUGAUGGCACUCCUGAAAGAACUUGUUCGGGCUUUGGUUUUUGGCAACCAAGAGGACAAGCGUUUUGUUUACCGAUAAAAUGUGAAAAACUUGAAUCGCUUCAAAACGGGUUUGUGAAAGUUUCGAACGGGCGAUUUCUCGGAAGCGUUGCCACAAUGAUUUGUGAAAAAGGCUUUAAACUUUCAAGUGCCGAGUAUAGAACUUGCUCUAAAUAUGGAACAUGGGAACCAGGACCUGCUUCAGAAUGUUUCCCUAUUGACUGUGGAAAUUUGACCUCCCUUGCUAGUGGCGUAAUACAGUAUAAUUCAGGUACUUUGAUUGGAGACACUGUGUCGUUUAACUGUGAUACGGGUUUUGAUUUAGUAGGACCUUCAGAAAAACAAUGCGACAUCAACGGCGUAUGGAAACCAUUGGAAAAAGUCUUUUGCAGUCAUACACGAUGCGCAAAAUUGCCAUUUUUGCCCAAUGGAACAAUAUCAUUUUCAAAUCAGGAAUAUUAUGGAAGCAUUGCAUAUUUUACAUGCGACACAGGAUUCAUUCUUGUCGGAGAUGCUAGGCGUAAUUGUAAUAUAAAGGGACAAUGGAUACCACAAAAUCCCUCUCAGUGUGUCUUAAACUAUUUAAAUGCGACACGCCCUGGUGUUGCACAUGUUCACCCAAAAAUUGCCUUUGAGGUGGAAACUAUCAAAGGGAACCAGAUGUUAAACUGUUUCUGUGAUUUUAUGCCACCUAGUGGAAUGAAUAACACUUACACUGUUAGAUGGUUCCUGACAAAGGAAGCCAUUUGCAUCAAAAUAAUUUACACGUCUGAGCCCAAGCAAUAUACCUCUCCGUCUGAUUUUCGAUCUUAUUCUAGACUUACGGAAGAUAUGUUGCUCAACGACACGGAGUGGAAGCCUGGAUCAGCAAUUGUUUGUUCAGUUACGAUGGGGUAUACCCAAUCAGUGCUAGAAACAAUGCCUGCAAUUAGUCCCGAACGAUGGAUGGGAAUUGAAGUUUUAAACAAAACAGUAUUACUAAGGAACUUGGAAUAUGUUGAUGUAAAUGUUCGCCUUAUGAUUCCGUUUACCUGCAACAAUGGGGAACAUGAUUGUGAUCUGCCAAUUACGAUAGAAAUACCAGGGAAUACUGAAUCCUGUCAAAUACCUGAUGUUGUGCAAAUAUCGACUGACGAGUUCGGCUGUCGGCUCAAUUUGAAAAACAGCGACAUUAACAAACCACGGAGAUUGGGAUUUGCAUUGCGCCUUGGCAAUAUCGUUUAUCCAAUUCAGAAAAAUGGCUCCAUAAAUCUUUUCAUCGACUCUUCUGUAACUCAAAGGCUUUUUCGAAAUUACACGCUUGAUCCUGUUCGGAUUAUAUUAUCAUCAGACUCCUCUAUAAUCCACCAGAAGCAGUGCUAUUCUAACAAUGACCCACAUAUGAAAACGUUUGACGGAAUAACGUACGAAAACCAGAACGAAGAACGUUUUUUGUUAUACAACAAUCCGGCUUUCCAACAACAAGUUCAAAUUCAAACAACUCACUGCCUUGGAAGAGAUGUGCCCGUUUUUUGUAACUGCGGCGUUAUGAUAAGUUCUGGACGGGACAUUUUCGUCGUUAACAAUUGCGGUGGAAACGGAAUCUGGGACAUUAGAUUCCGGUUGUGUGAGGAUGGUGUUCUUAACAACCGUAUUAACAAGAUAUCCAUAUACCAUUUUCAAGUAUAUUUUCCUACGGGCACAAUAGUAGACCUCUCAUUACAAGAGAAGUUUGUAAACGUCGCGGUGUUUCCUUCAUUGGCUGAUUUCAACAAUACCGAAGGAUUGUGUGGUCGGUUUGACGGUGACACGGUUAAUGAUCUUAACAAGCGGCCAGGAUCAGAAAAUGACACAAUUCUUAGCUGGAAGCUCUUUCCACACGAAGAUCUGUUUGGUGAAACGUAUAACCUAACACAAUUAAACGACACAUUGAAAAUGUGUUCAUGCAAAGCAAAAGAGUCCGGUUUGAAGUCUUGCACACAUGGUUCUGCGAAGCUCUGUCAGUUUGAGCCAUCGUUUACACAAAGUUGCAAAGAUGAAAGCAGAAAACGGAGAUCGGUUUUGGAAAUUGGCGAUUACCAUGGUGCCGUUGGCGUUGGGUCAGUGAAAGGAAACACGGGGACUGGCCUGCUAACUAGAAGCUUAGAAAAGAGAAGCAGCCUAAGAGAUGUUGAUUAUGAUUUCAUCAAAGCAAGAGAAGAGUGUUUAAAAGUGAUCAAUACGACCGCUGUCAGAUUGUGUAAACUAGUUCCUGGAAUGAAUAUCGAAACUUAUAUUGGCGAUUGUGUAUUAGAUGUUUUGUACACUAACAAUUCUGAAUGGGCCUUAUUACAUCUGGAGUUGAUAAAACGGAAAUGUUCUUAUGACGUAAAAAGUAAACAGCUUCCGGCAAAGUCCGCCUUGAAGAACCUUACCCUUGUUCUAAAUGAUUCUUUCAUUGACUACAAAGAUAAUCAAACAUUGCCUAUUCAAGCCGCAUUCACUGAGGAAUUUCUUAAAGUAAUAAUGGACGCAAUAUGUCCCUUGGAGUGUAAUAAAAGAGGAAUCUGCAUUAAGGGCAAAUGUGUAUGUGACCUUGGAUUUACGGGUGUAGACUGUUCAACAAUUACUUCCCUACCUCCGGAAAUGCUCGGUCUUCCGGAUGAUGGUCUUUGCGAUUUGACAAAAAGGCGUUGUGAAAGAACAUCUGUGUAUGGCAAUAAUUUGGCUGAUGGUGUAAACUUCACAUGCAGAUUUAAAAUCGUCACGUUAAGGAACACCGGUACCAUCAUAUCGACAGGUAGUGUCUUCUUGACUGGGGCAAAGCUUAACACUUUUAUGGAAGCCGAGUGUAGAGUAAAUGCACGUUCCCUGAGGAAGAGAGAAGUUGAAGACUUCGGAGAAGACACUCUUGCCCAUGGAAGUCAAGUAGCACUAAGCAACGACGGACAGAUUUUCAGUCAGGACAUGAUGUUCAUAACGUACGAUUCGCGUUGCGUAAACUGUACAAUUCAUAAUGGAGAGAAAAUGUGUUCCCCUAAGCCUGGCUUCUGCGUGAGGAAUGGUUUCUGUUAUAUCAAAGACGACAUUUCAAACUGUCAUAAAUGUAUUAUUAAAGAAGACGAAUCAUCCGACUGGGAAACAAUGAAAGGUUGCGGCGAACAGCACCCAAAUAUCAUUAACAACUAUUAUUAUUCAUCUGUGGAUGAAGGAUCAAAUAUCGACCUAAUCGUCAGUAUAGUGUCUUCGGUCAUUACGCUCGUAGUCGUCAUUGUGGAAGCCAUAAUUAUUUUAUGCGACAGAUUAAGUACGUCUGAAGAUCGGAAUCAACCAUCUCCUCAUUCACAAACAUUAGAUUAUGCUGGUGAUAAUGGAAGCCAUUUGCAAAGGGAAACGAUAGGCAUGAACGAUAGCGAAAGCAAUAUGUAAAACCCCGGGUUAUAGGCGGAGAGUUAACAUUUCAUAACGAUCAACCAUUACUACAGCAUUAGCGUCGAUGUAUUUUACGUUUGACAAUAUUGUCAAUAGACCGUAAUUUUAAUGUUAUAUAAGUAAUCGGUGCCAAGGUAGUUUCGACAAACCUAGAAUCAAAUUUUAUUAGAAACUUACUCAAAAAGAUGAAGUACCUGUAAAAACAAUGAUCUAGUUUAUUUCGAGAAGCGAUCAGUUUUGCGGUAAAAAUAUUAUAUUGUUAGUUUACAUGAAGGGUAAGCAAUAAGUGAAUUUCCCUUACUAGCUCACUGACAAUUGUAUAAUGUUGAUGGAAAUAUGUUUUAAAGAUACAUAGAUAUUUGCAAAUAGUACAUGUACUUUAGUAAACUGCAUUUGUUUCAUCAACUGACUCUGAUUUCCUCAAAAACGCUUCCCUUGACAAUCAAGAUGUUUGAAUAAAUAUUUAUAUAGCAAAUCAAAAUAAAUUCAAGAUCGGUUGGUGGAAGUAUAAAUAUUUGAACACAAUUAAGGGUCAUUUAGUUUAAACUUAUUUAUUUCAAACACUUAUGAUGAAAGUAACAUAAACAUAUGCUAACGGUCUCUGUUUGGCACGAUGUUAUAUGAUUGUUUGUAACAUUUGACCAAACAGUAUGAUUAUUCAAUACUUGCGGUUUAAUACUGUAUUAAGUUAUUAGUAUUGUUUGACUUUGUUUUGAUUUUGUCUUUUGCAGUGUUUAUCAUUUUUAUCAUUGUCUUAUUGGAUUUGCAUUGAUGAUGUUGUUGAUGAUUUAAAUACUGAAUGGAUGGUUAAUGAUUAAUUUUUUGGUUGAGUUGUUGAUGAUUUAAAUAUUGCCUUUGUAGUUGAUGUUUUAAACACGGAUUGAGUGGUUGAUGAUUUAAUUUUGGUAUUAUUUGUUGAUGAUCUAGAAGUGCUUUUCGCAUAAAUAUAUAUGCGUUGAUUUGUUGAAGAUUUAAAUGAAGUUUGAGAUAUUGAUGAUUUGGAUAUAAGUUAAAUUGUUGAUGAUUUAAAUGAGGUUUUAAGGAGAGAAGUCUUAAUAUUAGCUCUAAGCUAUCUCUUCAAUCCUUACCCUGUAUACUUGUAACAUGCUGAUACAUCAACAACAUAUGAAUGAAUACUGUUUAAACCAAAUGAGGUUUGAGAUAUUGAUGAUUUAGAUAUAGGUUAAAUUGUUGAUGAUUCAAAUGAGGUUUGAGAUAUUGAUGAUUUAGAUAUAGGUUAAAUUGUUGAUGAUUCAAAUGAGGUUUGAGAUAUUGAUGAUUUAGAUAUAGGUUAAAUUGUUGAUGAUUCAAAUGAGGUUUGAGAUAUUGAUGAUUUUAAAUGCAUUAAGUGGUUGAAUACUUAAAUUUGAGUUGAAUUGUUGAUGAUUUGCAUAUGAGUUGAGUGGUUUAUGAUUAAGUAAUGGGUUGAGUUGUUGCAGAUUUAGAUAUGGAUUGGGUUGUUGAUGUUUUAGAUAUAGCUUGAUUUUGUGAUGAUAUAGGUACGGCAGAUACAUCACUGAAACAAAUUUCGUUUUGUUUAUAAUUUUACCAUAUCAUGUUUUUUGUAAUAUAUAUAAAUGUAUUUUUUUCAUUAGACUUCAUUUAUUUGGAAAAAUUAAACGGUUGUACUCAAAUAAAAGUUCUUGGUUUGAAUGUCAGGACUUGUUAUUCUUGAAAAAAAAACAUUUUAAUAUUGUAAACUUUAUGCGAUGCGAUGUACCAAGACAUAUAUAGAUUUAAUUAUGUGGACAUAAAAUACCAGGAUCAGUAAAUUUAUUUUGUAAACCUUUUGAACAUUAUUUUCUACUUUAAUUAUUUAAAUUGUAUCAUUUAUGUUGAUACUUCGGACAUCUUAAAUGUGCAUAGAUACUAUUGAUAUAAUGAAAACAACGCCUAUGUGAUUGAAGUUUAGGUUUUACUUAUGAGGAUGUACCUUCAAUGUGUUUGCUCGACAUAUUAAAGGCGGGAACAUUUACUUGUUCAGAUUAAGAAUCACGUAAUUACAUUAAGAUUAUCGAUAUUUUGUAUUAUUUUAGAACAACGGAGUUA